AGUUGUUAAUAUAAAUAAAACAAACAUUCCUUAAUCACAAAACAAUUGAAUAUCAACUAAAAAUUUAAAUAAUGGUUUUUGUUGAAAACAUAACUCGUAAUGAAAAAGACAUAGAUAAUACAUUACAAUUAAAACAAAGAAAUGGGACUCAAUUUAUUGAGGGAAAUAAGGCGGCUGCAAUAAUUAUUCAACGACAUUACAGAGGUUAUUAUACAAGGCUAUAUUUUUUAAAGUUAAAUGUUGCAGCUAAAAUUAUUCAAAAAUAUUGGAAAGGAUACGUUACUAGAAGGUAUUUCAAUAAUCUAUUAAUAAAAACAUUUGUAUUAAAGUCCAUUGAUUACUAUAAUAAAGCAGCUACAAUUAUUCAAAAAUACUUUAAAGGCUAUUAUGUCAGAAAAUAUUAUUUAGAUGUAAAAAAAAAUAGUAAGUGGAUCAAGGAGAUUCAAGAACAAAAUGAUGCAUGGUCCAAUACCAUGAAUGUUUAUAAUCAAAAUAUUUGCACUGAUUUGGAAAUGAUACACAAAGAAAGGGUAAAAUGUUUAAUUAUUAAAAUGGUAUAUAAACAUCAUCCAAUGUUAAGGACCAUAUUAAGAAAAGGAGUGUUCAGUGGAAAAGCCAACAAUGAUUCAGAAUUUGAAAAACUCGUUCGUAAUAUAUAUGCACAAAUAAAUAAAAAAAAUCUUAAGAUAUAAUAUUAAAA